AUGCGCGGCAAACGCUCCAAAGCCUACCGCAAGCUCCUCAAGCAGUUCGAGCUCGCCUUCCACUUCCACCAGCCCUACCAGGUCCUCGUCGACGCCGACCUCGUCCGCGAUGCCGACCGCUUCGCCAUGGACCUGCCCCAGUACCUCGCCAACACCCUCCACGGCGAGGUCAAGAUCCUCAUCACCCAGUGCUCCAUGCGCCACCUGUACGCACAGGGCCGCGAGCCCGGCAUGGACAGGGUCAUCGACAAGGCCAAGACCCUGGAGCGGCGCCGCUGCGGGCACCACCCGGACGAGUUCCCCGAGCCGCUGAGCACGGUCGAGUGUCUGGGGAGUGUGGUUGGGCCGACGAACAAGCACCGCUAUGUCGUUGCUAGCCAGGACGCUGGGUUUCGGGCCAAGAUGAGAGGGAUUCCUGGUGUGCCGCUGAUCUACAUCUCGAGAUCGGUCAUGAUUCUUGAGCCCAUGGCCUCGGCCACCGCGAGGGUCGUGCAGAAGGGCGAGAGGGCCAAAUUCCGCGCCGAGCUGAAAGAACCCGCCCAGCCAGGCGGCAAGAGGAAACGAGACGACGGCGAUAACGAAGGUAGUGACGGUGAUGAGAAAGAAGGGGGUUCUAAGACGGAGAAGAAGAAAAAGAAGAAGAGAAAGGGCGAAAAGGGCCCAAAUCCAUUGUCCGUCAAGAAG